AUGAACGAAGAGAAGCCACCAUCGUCCUUUGAUGCUACGCGUAAGGAUGCCGAUGAGUCCCAAGAGGUCGAUCUCCCGGCCCUUGACGAGCCACCGGAUGGCGGUCUGCACGCAUGGAUGGUUGUGGUGGCGACAUGGCUCAUUAGCUUCAUUGGCUUUGGUAUCGCCACCAUUUGGGGAGUCUUCCAGGACGCAUACGAGGCCGACGAGAGCUCGCCGUUUCACAGUAUCAGCGAGUUCAAACUUGGUUUCGUUGGUGGGUGCGGUAUGGGCUUCGGUUUCGCAAUCGGUCCCUUCUCGAAUAUCCUUAUCUCGAAAUUCGGUAUUCGCGCCCCAAUCAUCGUCGGCGUCCUCAUGAUUGCGGUGGCAUUCGAGCUUGCGUCAAUCUCCACCAAGUAUUGGCAGCUUUUGCUCUCGCAAGGCAUCCUGUUUGGCAUUGGCAUUUCUAUGUCAUGGAUUCCUGCGAUUGCCUUGCCCUCUCAGUGGUUCAAGAAGAGACGCAGCCUUGCGUCUGGAAUUGCCAGCUCCGGUACUGGCAUCAGUGGCGUUGUCCUCUCACCCGUAUGUCAAGCCAUCAUAAAUCGCACUUCCCCACAAUGGGCGCUGCGGUUCCUUGGUUUCCUAGCCCUGUUCGUAGGUGGGAUCGGUGUGCUCCUGGUGCGCCAGCGCACGGUGGCGAAGAAGCACGUAAACUAUCACUUCUUCGACUUGAGCGUAUUCAAGAUCCCUGGGUACGGAUUCUACUUGGCGUUCUGCUUCCUCCAGUUCUUUGGUUAUGUCACUCCUCUAUUCCUCAUCCCAAGUUACUGUCUUGCCAUCGGUCUCACGUCUUCGCAAGCCUCCGGUGUACUGUCGGUGGCCACAGCGACCAAUGCAAUUGGCCGUAUCAUUGCCGGUUUCCUCGCUGAUCAAGCAGGCCCCGUUAACGUUCUGAUCAUCAUGCACCUUCUGACCGGCCUCAUGUGUAUCUUCAUAUGGCUUUUCGCUGAAAGCAUCGGAGUCAUGAUGGUCUUUGCCAUCUUCUGGGGCUUGUUCAGUGGACCGUAUUGGCCUCUCUCUGUACCCACGACCGCUAAGAUUGUCGGGAUGCAGAAGCUGGGAUCGGCCGUGGCCAUUCAGUUCCUCAUGAACGUCAUCCCUCCCAUUUUCGCGGUCCCUAUCGGAUCCCGAAUCAUCGCCGACACCGCCGCAAUGUACGGUAUCGGCGUGGACACGGGCAGGGCGUACCGGUACUUGAUCGUCUGGUGCGCGCUCGUGCCCAUCGUUGCUGCCGCGCUUCUGCUUCCUGUGCGUUUGAUGUUCAGCAAGAAGCUCUUUGUGAAGGUUUGA